AUGUACAGUAAGAGAAAAAAAAUAAAACAACAAGACGUGAUUUAUGAUAAUAUAUCAAGAGAUGCUGUUCCUAAAAGGGGAUAUUAUUCGGAAUUAGUUGCUGAUAUGACUAAAGAAGACCCAUCUAGGGAAAUAUGCGCAAAAAAACGCAUGAAACUAAUUUUACAGGCGAAGACUGACAAAUUAGCGCCAACUGUUGUUUCCUUGCCAAAACCACAAAGACCGAAAAUUCUCCUGCCUCCCGGUCGUUGGACUACGUAUCGGGAAGAUGAAAGUAUUCAAUUCCCAUUUGAGACAUUUGUACCUAAACUACAAUUUCUGAGUAUAGUGUUGCCAAAAGAGUUGCCUCGUCUGGUUAAAAUCGAACGUCUCAGGAGAAAAUUUCUUGCUGCCAAUAUAAAGAAAAUGCUCCGGGAGUUGGGAAUACAACCAUUCUGGUUGCUGCCCCCCGCUGUGUUUAAAUUUACCAAUCAAGAGUAUUAUGGUUUAUAUAGUCCAUUUCCAAAACUUGAUUUGGAGAUAUUUGACAAUACUGAUUUCGAUUGCCGCAUACCAGAGGAAUGGCUAUCAUUGGGUAUGAUUGAAGGAGAGCACUACCCCUGUCCAGGACUCGCUUUUAUACCGAAAGAGGAUGGAAAAGCCAAAUCUACUGGAGACACUUUGCAGAUGCUGAACAAUCUAUAUGAGUGGACAAAUGUAUCUGCGUUCAGCUAUGACAAACAAACAGAACGAUGGGAGGUGAUGGCGCUUGAUGGCACAAAACGACGAUACAAAAUCCCUCGUAUUCGUCUAAUGUUCAAAGCGGAUGAUCCAGAAACAUUCGCUCAACGUGUCAAGUUCGCUAUCGAUUUGCGGAGAGAAGUUGAGAAUAACUUAAGGUUUCACCUGUACCUUGACUGUCUUCUGCUGGACGGUCUGCCAAUCAUGCCGCGACAUUUUAUGCCCGAGGUGUUAGCUAUGGUCCGGAUACACAAGCAGGCUAUUGAGCUUGAUGAGACUCAUCUACAAAUGCUCAUACUCGAGGCAGAGCUAUUGUACAAGAAAGUGGAGGGUAAAAUGAAGAUAAUAAACACAAUACAGAAGUUUAAGCAUCUGUAUAACUUCAUCGACGUGCCAACCAAGGAUUACGUGCCUCCUGUACCGGAUUAUGGACGUCACCAAUGCGUAAUGGAGGAUUUUCCGGGACGUCUCAAGCAUAACCAGUGGUACUCAUUAUAUGUGCUUAUGGAGGCAGUCUCCUGUAUCCACUUAGUUGUUGAGGAGUGUCUUAAGGUGGAGUCAAUGUUGUUUUUCACUACUAACUAUGGCAGAAACAUUAGUUUAGCUGAAUUCGACGCCGCGCAGCAACACUGCACCUCUAUGAUGUUGAAGUACUUGAAUAUAACUUGGCUGAAUAACACCGCACACGCUGUCAGGAUGUCGUUCAGAGAUGUUGGAAAAGGGUGGUACAACAUAUAUGAGAAGAAAUGGGAGUUCUAUGGAAUCAGCAAGUUGUGUCGAUUUAUGCAGCUGGUCAGGUUUCGAAUGCAGUACGCGUUACGAUACAGCAUCGAGCAGUCGAUGGCGAUGUUCGUAUCCCUGUGCGAGACACCGUGCCUGUGUACGUACUCGUGCGGGGAGGACUACGAGUGGGACCCCACGGACCUCAUCAACUCGCCCUUCCGCUCUCCCACGCCCACGCUCUUCUACUUCCACUUGAUGAUGUCCACUGAUGGGCCUUACUACACCACCGAUCCGCAGCAAUUCGAGGUGGUGAUCCAACGGCUGUUCCGGGAGAUGCUGUACCGGUGCCACUUCAUACCGCAGGUGCAUCCCAUGAUCAUGACUGGCCUGGUCUUCGAUAAAGAAUUAUUCCUCACAUCUAUAGGUCUGAUGGAGCCCAACGUGGUGGAGUACCGCGAGAGGCUGCUGACGGCGUACCGCAAGGCUAUCAUACCACUCCAGGCGUAUAUGCGGCAGUACGAAUGCUACAAAGACAUAUACAUGCUGGACGUCGAGGAAUACGUUGAAAACUUCCGUCAAGAGAAACACUCUGCGUCUGAGACACGCGAGGAAGUGCAGAUGCAUUACGACGCGAAGCAGGACCUCAUAUGGAGACUGCCGCAGUAUAUCAACAUUGGACCGUUUGCACUGAACGUCGAUACACUGAAGCAAAUGUUGGUAACGAAGCGAUCAGACAUAAUAAGAGCGUUGCUCGCGAUGUGGGCCGAGGAAGUGAGGCUAGUGGUGGAGGAUGUAGUGACAGCGUACAAGGGCAUCAUGCGUCGCCUCGGCGAGAAACCCAACACGAUAGAACACGUGUUCGAGAUCAGGGAGUGGAUGGAAUCUAUACCCUUCGCACUGAAGACUCAAGAGGAUAUCAUGAGGAAGGUGCACACGGAUUAUGAAGUGUUGGACGUGUUCUUUAUGCCGCUGGAGAAUGAUGACUUCAAGCUUUUGUGGGAGGCGAUUGGCUGGCCACUCAAUAUUACCAAGCAGAUGGUGGCUACAACAGAUUUCCUAGAGGAAGAGCAAGAGAAGUUCUGGAAGCUGCAUCAGCAGGACGAGCAGACGCUGUACGACAGGAUUGACAUGUUCACCUCGCAGUGCAUGGCGCUGACGCUGCAAAAUGACUUCAGUAAAGUACACGAAAUAGCAAAUGACAUAAAGAAGGCGUGGAAAGGCAUGAAGGAUUCCCAGGAUUGGGGCAGGAUACUCAACCAGCGGCAGAAGUUGUUCGGGCAGCCGGUCGUACCGUUUGCAGACCUCAAUAAACUCGUCAAGGAGUUUGAACCGUAUCGGAACCUAUGGGUUACAGCUUCAGAUUUCCUGAAAGCGCGCGAGGUGUGGUUCGACAACCCGCUGAUGUAUGUAGACGCGGAUACCAUAGAGCCGCUGGUCAACGAGUAUUACAAGACCAUAGUGAAGUGUGUGCGCACGUUCGCGGACUUGCCCAAGGUGCAAAUGGUGGCCACCGUUAUACGGGACGAUAUCGACGAAUUUCGACCAUUGAUACCCGUAAUUCAGGCUGUCCGUAAUCCCGGCAUGAAGGAGAGACAUUGGAACGAGUUCAUGGAGAGAGCAGGUAUAACGGUGACGAUGAACGAGAAGCAGACAUUUCAGAUGUGCUUGAAGCAGGGUGUGGCUGCCCACGGCCAGCUCAUCGCUGAAAUCGGCGAGUUGGCGAGCAAGGAGUACGUGAUCGAGCAGUCGCUGGAUAAGAUGUUGGCCGAUUGGGCUAAUAAAGCUAUGGAGAUCGCGCCUUAUAAGGCAACUGGCACGUUCAUAAUGAAGAUAGCGGACGAGACUCUGCAGCUGUUGGAUGAGCAUUUGAUGGCGACGCAGCAGCUAGGCUUCAGUCCCUUCAAGGCAGCCUUCGAGCUUCGCAUCCAGGAGUGGGACGACAAGCUACGCCUCACGCAGCGUGUCGUCGACGAAUGGAUAGAGUGCCAGAAGGAGUGGAUGUACUUGGAGCCUAUUUUCACGUCUGAAGAUAUUUCCCGUCAACUGCCGUUGGAAGCGAAGAAGUACGGCACCAUGGAGAGGAUAUGGAGGAGAAUCAUGUCUUCGGCGGCUGCAUGCCCUAAAAUAAUGAUAAUCUGCCCGGACAGCCGUCUGCUGGACAGCCUGGUGGAAGCUCGCCACCUGCUGGCGGUGGUGGCGCGCGGCCUCAACGAGUACAUGGAGCUGAAGCGGCUCCGCUUCCCAAGGUUCUUCUUCCUCAGCGAUGACGAGCUGCUGGAGAUCCUCUCGCAGUCAAGAAACCCGAGAGCUGUGCAGCCACAUCUUAGGAAGUGCUUUGAGAAUAUUGCCAAGGUAACGUUCGAGGCGGAUCUGAAGAUCUCUCAGAUGCAUUCAAGUGAAGGUGAGAUAGUAGAACUCAAGUACAAGUUCUACCCGUCAGCCAAUGUGGAGCAAUGGCUGCUGUUGCUAGAAGACACUAUGAGACAUACAAUUCGACUGACAUUGGUGGCCGGUCUGGAGGAGCUAUGGACACUGCCACGUGAGCAGUGGGUGCUGCGGUGGCCGGGACAGGUGGUCAUCGCGGGCUCGCAGACUGCCUGGACUGCAGGGGUAGAGGAUGCCAUCCAGGAAUACCGGAUGGAUGGUUUCUAUGAGGAGAUGCUGCACCAGUUGGACCGUCUGCGCGGGCUGGUGAAGGGUGAGCUGACGUUCUUCCAGCGUGAAGUGGUGUGCGCGCUCAUCGUGAUCGAAGUCCACGCACGUGACGUUACGCGCUCGCUCGUAGAUUAUAACGUCAAGGACGUCACGGACUUCCAGUGGAUGUGUCAGCUUAGAUAUUAUCAGAUAGUACGCGACAUGUAUCCUCUAGAGGAAGGCGAAUCUGCCGAGAUAUAUCAGGACGAGAAUCGCCUGGAUACAUCAGCGUACUACCGUCAGUUCAGUCAGAACAGGUGUGAUGUGAGGGCGCUCAACUCGGUCUUUACGUAUCAGAACGAGUAUCUUGGGAACAGUGGUCGGCUGGUCAUCACGCCAUUGACAGAUCGAUGCUACCUGACGCUGAUGUGCGCCAUGCACCUUAAGUUUGGAGGUGCCCCAGCCGGGCCUGCAGGUACCGGGAAGACUGAGACCACCAAGGACCUGGCAAAAGCUUUGGCAGUACAGUGCGUGGUGUUCAACUGCUCUGAUCAGCUCGACUUUAUGGCGAUGGGGAAGUUUUUCAAGGGGCUUGCGGCCUCCGGCGCUUGGGCAUGCUUCGACGAAUUCAACAGAAUUGAUAUCGAGGUGUUGUCAGUUGUAGCACAACAAGUGGUGACAAUCCAGAAGGCGCAGGUGUUGAGAUUGGACAAGUUCAUGUUUGAAGGUUGCGAGCUGCCGCUGAAGGCUUCCUGCUCUGUCUUCAUCACCAUGAACCCUGGAUAUGCAGGUCGAACGGAACUACCGGAUAAUUUGAAGGCCCUAUUCCGACCGAUCGCCAUGAUGGUGCCGGAUUAUGCGCUGAUCGCCGAGAUCUCCCUCUUCUCGUAUGGCUUCUUCGAGGCUAAGAUCCUUGCUGGGAAGAUUACCACUACAUUCAGGUUGAGCUCCGAACAGCUGUCGUCGCAGGACCACUACGACUUCGGUAUGCGCGCGGUGAAGACGGUGAUCUUAGUGGCUGGUAACCUCAUCAGGCAGAUGCCAGAUGGAGACGAGCGACAGAUCGUACUCCGGGCGCUGCGUGACGUGAAUGUACCCAAGUUCCUCGCCGAUGAUUUGCUGCUCUUUAAUGGCAUAAUAUCGGAUUUAUUCCCACGUGUGGAGAUCCCAAUUGUGGACUACGGUAUAAUGGAACAGUCCAUCAGGAAUAUGCUCGUGAAACGAGGCUACGACGAUCUGUAUACAUUUAUAUUCAAAGUAAUUCAGCUAUAUGAAACUACCGUGGUCCGGCAUGGUCUGAUGUUGGUGGGGCCGGCAGGUGCGGGCAAAACUAAGUGUUACGAAGUACUCAGAGAUGCGCUGACCGCAAUAAAAGGUAAAUUAGCACCAGAUGGGUUCCCGUUCGCCCCAGUACAUACGUACGUGGUGAAUCCCAAGUCUAUCACAAUGGGACAGCUGUACGGAGAGUUCGACUUACAAACGCAUGAAUGGACGGACGGUAUCCUAUCGAGCUUGGUCCGCGGCGGCAUCGCAGUGGACGACCUCGACAAGCGUUGGUAUGUGUUCGACGGACCAGUGGACGCCGUCUGGAUUGAGAAUAUGAACACGGUACUAGAUGACAACAAGAAGUUAUGUCUAUCUAGUGGCGAGAUCAUGAAGCUGACCGACCGACAGCGCAUGAUUUUCGAAGUGGCGGACUUGGCGGUGGCGUCCCCGGCCACGGUGUCCCGCUGCGGCAUGGUGUACCUGGACACGGGCGUGGUGGGGCUGCCACCGCUCGUCAACGCCUGGCUCAGGAACUGUCUGCCGCCGAUCGCUGAUAACAUCCGUAAGAUCCUCCCGACGCUGAUCAACACGUACCUAUACCCCGCGCUGAGUUUCGUACGCAAUAGACUGACAGAGUUGGUGGCUUCCAUCGAUAGCGCCUUAGUUCUCAAGUUCUUGGAGCUACUAGACUACCGCCUACGUCCGGUAACAGGGAAGGAUGAUCGUCCACCACCUGGAGGACCGUUCCUGGCAUUGAUGCCUCGCCUGGCGCCGUGUUGGGUGGUGUGGGCGGUGGUGUGGUCGGUGGGCGCCACGUGUGACCACAACGGCCGCGCAGCCUUCUCCGACCACAUGCGAUCCCUGAUGCAGAACGCGAACAUGAAGCCGCUCUUCCCCAACGAGGGCCGCGUCUAUGAUUACACUUUACACGACGGCGGCUUCACGGACCAGACGGAGGACGGCGAGCCUGCUAAUCCGUACUGGUAUAACUGGAUGGCCAAUUUGGAGGAGUACGAGGUCGAUCCCGAGUGGCAGUAUGCAGACAUCGAAGUGCCUACCCUGGACAACGUGCGCAGCGCGGCGCUGCUCGGCUACAAGGUCUCGAACUACAAUCACGUGAUCUGCGUCGGCCCCACCGGCACCGGCAAGACGGUCACCAUCACCUCCAAGUUGUCGCGCGGACUGCACAAGAAGUUCAUAUGCGAGUUCAUUGUCUUCUCCGCCAGGACUUCUGCCAACCAGACGCAGGACGUAAUCGACAACAAGCUGGAGCGGAGACGUCGCGGCGUGUUCGGUCCUCCGCCGACCAAGCGGCAGGUGUUGUUCAUCGACGACCUCAACAUGCCCGCGCUGGAGCCCUACGGCGCGCAGCCGCCCCUCGAGCUGCUGCGACAGUUCAUGGACUCCUCGGGAUGGUACGACAGACAGAACAUCGGCGAGUUCAAGCAGCUGGUGGACGUGGGCCUGGUGGCGGCCAUGGGUCCGCCUGGUGGUGGCCGCAAUCCGGUCACAAUGCGACUCAUGAGGCACUUCCACUACAUCUCUUUCACGGAGAUGGAGUACUCCAGCAAGUACGCAAUCUUCAGCAUCAUUCUCAAAUCGUGGACCAGGAAUUUCUCCAACGUGACAAUCCGCGAAGGUCCAUUCCUGAAGGCCUCCAUCGACAUCUUCCACUCACUGGUGGAGGAACUGCUGCCGACACCCACCAAGUCUCACUAUACGUUCAACUUGCGGGAUCUGAGCAAAGUGUUCCAGGGGAUUUUGAUGAUGGACCCCAAUGCCGUCAAAGAUGAAGAUGAUGUCAUAAGACUGUGGUACCACGAGCACCAGCGCGUCUAUCAAGACAGGCUGGUUAAUAACGAAGAUCGACAGUGGUUUGUGGGAUUGUUGAACAAGAAGAUCCGCACAGAAUUCGGCAAGAAAGCUGCGGAUGUGGUCGGCGGGCGGCUGAUGCUGUUUGGAGACUUCAUGGAUAUCGGUGCUGACGAUAAGAAGUACAUAGAAAUCACGGAUAAAGAAGAGCUCGAUGAGGUUUUAUCUCAUUAUCUGCAUGAAUACAACCUGACGACGACCGUUCCUCUCUACCUGGUGCUAUUCGAAGAUGCAGUCUCGCAUCUGUGCCGUUUGGCACGCAUCAUGCGGCAGCCAAUGGCCAACGCAUUACUGCUUGGCAUGGGUGGUUCUGGUCGUCAGAGCCUGUCCAGACUGGCGGCGAACAUGGCGGAGUUGCAGUGUAUCCAAAUCGAGAUCACAAAGGCAUACGGCCAGCUGGAAUGGCGCGACGACCUCCGGCAGACCAUGCUGCGCGCCGGCGCAGACAACAGGGGCGUUGUCUUUUUAUUCUCCGAUGCACAGAUCAAAAUGGAAUCGUUCCUCGAGGAUCUGAACAACAUUCUAAGUUCCGGUGACGUGCCCAACAUCUACGAGGCGGAGGACCUGGACAAGAUCUACAUGGCGGUCCGGCACGCUGUCAUGGAGAUGAGCCUGCCUGCCACCAAGACCAACCUGUUCGCCUGCUACCAGCGCAGGGUGCGGAGUAACCUGCACAUUGUCAUCGUUAUGAGCCCUAUUGGAGAGAUAUUCCGCGCCCGGCUCCGUCAGUUUCCGUCGCUGGUGAACUGCUGCACUAUAGACUGGUUCAGCGAGUGGCCCAAGUCGGCCCUGGAGUCGGUCGCUACCCACUUCUUCCAUAACAUGGGAGAACUGCAGACCACCGAUGAGGUUAUAGCAGCUAUGGUGUCGGUGUGCUGCUUCGCGCACCAGAGCGUGGUGGAGGCGAGCGCGAGGUUCUUGGCGCGGCUGAAUCGCCUCAACUACGUCACGCCCAUGUCCUACAUGGAGAUGCUUGCCGCCUAUCAGGACAUGUUCCGCAGGAAAAGAAAGGCUAUUCUCGCUGAAUCCAACGCCCUCAAGACAGGAUUAAACAAAUUAAACCAGACUGAAGUGGAGGUGAAAGAGUUACAAAUAGAAUUGGCCGAGCUGAAGCCGCUAAUGGAGCGAGCUGCCGACGAGACGAGGAAGGUCAUCGAGCAGAUUGCCAUAGACACGGCAAUAGCAGAGGAAGCUCGAAUUAAAGUGGAAAAGGAGCAGGCGAUCGCUGAGAAAAUGGCGCAGGAAACUACAGCAAUGGCGGAGGAUGCGCAGAGGGACUUAGACGAAGCGAUGCCGGCGCUGCGUGCAGCGGAGAAAGCGCUGCAGGAGUUGAACCGCAACGAUGUAGUGGAGGUGAAGGCGCUGAAGAAGCCGCCCGCUGGCGUUGUUCUCGUCAUCGAGUCGCUAUGUGUCGUGUUUGACAUUAAACCUGUCAAGGAAGCUGGUGCGUCAUUCGGCGAGAAAGUAUUGAACUACUGGAAACCGGGCUCCCAAAUGUUGGCCGACCCCACCGCGUUCCUGGACUCUUUGAUGAAGUUUGAUAAGGAGUCUAUCACUGAAGAUAUGAUCAAGAAACUGAAACGGUUCAUCCAGAACCCCGACUAUGAGCCUGCUAAAAUUCUAAAGGUAUCGAAGGCGUGCAUGUCUCUGUGUAUGUGGGUGCACGCGAUGUACAAGUUCUACCAUGUCAACAAGGGGGUCGCGCCCAAGAAGGCGGCUCUAGAGCGGGCCACCAACGAACUGGCCGCUGUCGAAGCGGUGCUGGCAAAUGCGAAAGCCAAAAUGCAAGCUCUACUGGAGGGCAUCAUGAAACUAAACGCUUACCUGCAGGAGAAGGAGGACGAGAAACGCAAAAUGGAGGAAGACAUCAACCAGUGUCUCGCUAGAAUGGACCGCGCUAAUAGACUUCUAAACGGCCUGUCCAGUGAACGAGUCCGUUGGAUCAAAACUAUAAAGGAUUUAGAUGUGGAUAUUGUAAAUCUUAUUGGUGAUAUACUGCUCAGCGCGUGCGCGGUGGGCUACGUGACGCCAUUCACAGACGAGUUCCGGCGGGAACUGCUCGCUGAAUGGAUGAAACAUAUGGAGCAGGUGGCAGUGCCUCACACGGAGGGCGCAACUCCGCUGUCGACACUUGGUGAUGCGGUGCAGAUUAGGACAUGGCAGAUGUAUGGCUUGCCCCGCGACCCGCUAUCGGUGGAGUCUGCCGUGCUGAUGUCCAACUCUCGGCGCUGGCCGCUCAUCAUCGACCCUCAGACGCAGGCCAACAAGUGGAUACGAGCCAUGGGUAAAAUUGAGGGUCUAGUGGUAUGCAAACCAAAUGAUAGCGAUCUGUUGAGGAACUUCGAGUCUGCAUUGCGAUUUGGAAAACCUAUCCUGCUGGAGAAUGUUGGUCAAGAAUUGGAUCCAGCGCUUGACCCGGUUCUUAAGAGACAGUACUUUCGUCAAGCUGGCCAACUGGUGCUGAAGUUGGGCGACUCGCUGAUCCCUUUCAUGCCUGGUUUCCGACUGUACAUCACCACGAAACUACCAAAUCCUCGGUAUACACCGGAGACUUCAGUCAAAGUGCAGAUCGUCAACUUUGCUUUAGUACCCAGUGGCCUAGCAGAACAGCUGCUGUCCAUCGUGGUGGCUCAAGAGCGUCCAGAUCUAGAAGAGCUGCGCGGUCAGCUGAUCGUAUCACGGGCACAGCUCGCGUCUCAGCUGGCCGAGAUGCAGGCGGAUAUCCUGUACGGAUUGUCCAAUAGCGAAGGAUCUCCAGUAGAUGAUCUGCCGCUCAUAUUGACGUUGGAAGCGAUCAAGAUAAAAAGUGCUGAGAUAAUUAUAAAAGUAGAGGAUAUAGAGAGAACAACAAUAGAGAUAGACGUGGCGCGUGCGGAUUAUGUGCCAGUGGCCAACCGUGGUCAGAUUCUGUUCUUCUGCUUGUCUGGGAUGGCCAACGUUGACCCCAUGUACCAGUAUUCUCUCGAGUGGUUCGUCAAGCUGUUUGUACGCAGCAUGGCGGAGACUGAGCCCAAUGAAGACAUAGUGGAGCGCGUGCAGACGAUCAUCGAUCACUUCACGUUCCUUCUGUACGUGAAUGUGUGCCGCAGUCUGUUCGAGCGUCACAAGCUAGUGUUCGCGUUCGUGGUUUGCGCGCGUAUUUUACUCGACCGCGGCACCAUUCGCAGCCACGAGUUCAACUUCCUACUCAACGGAGCUAAGAUUGAACAGGAGUUGGAUAACCCCGAACCCAAGUGGAUAUCAACACGCAUGUGGUUGGACAUGCAGCAGCUGGCGUCGCUUCCCACCAUGAGCCAGUUCGUGCUGGACGACUUCUUACAGCACAUCAAGUUCUUCAAGAGCUACUACGACGCCUGGAACCCGCAUAAACUUCCAUACCCAAAACCGUUGGACUCUCAGUUGGAUUCGUUCCAGAAGUUGCUGGUGCUGAAGUGUCUGCGGCCGGACAAACUUGUACCCGGUUUACAGGAGUUCGUGUCGUGGGGCGUGGGCGCGCGGUUCGUGGAGCCGCAGCCGGCGGACCUGGCGGCCUUAUUCGCGGAGUCGGACCCGCUCGCGCCCAUCAUCUUCGUGCUCUCCACCGGCACAGAUCCAGCUGCAGAUCUGAUGAAGUUUGCGGAUAAGAUGAAGAUGGGCAAGCGUUUUGAGAGCAUAUCCCUAGGGCAGGGCCAAGGGCCGCUAGCUGAGGCCAUGAUGAAAGUCGGCUGCGAUUUUGGCAACUGGGUUUUCUUUCAGAAUUGUCACUUGUCACCAUCGUGGAUGCCGGUCCUGGAGUUGAACGUGGAACACAUCCAACCUGAGCUGGUGCACAAGGACUUCCGGCUGUGGCUGACCUCUACACCGUCUCCGCAUUUCCCCGUCGCACUGCUACAGAACGGUUACAAAAUGACUGUGGAGCCUCCUAGAGGGAUUAAGGCGAACCUACUGAAGGCAUACAUGAAUCAAGUGCCGGACUUUGUUGACUACAUCAAUUCGAACGACAGCAAAGUACCCAAUUUUAAGUGGCUACUGUUCUCUCUAUGCCUGUUCCACGGCGUGGUACUAGAGCGGCGUAAGUUCGGUCCGCUCGGCUUCAACAUACCGUACGAGUUCACUGACGGCGAUCUGAGGAUCUGCAUCUCGCAGCUACAUAUGUUCCUCGUCGAGUACGCGGAAGUGCCUCUGAGGAUGUUAAUGUAUACGGCGGGCCAUAUAAACUACGGCGGACGUGUGACGGACGACUGGGACCGGCGCUGUCUCCUGUGCCUGCUGGCCGACUACUACUCCACUACGGUGCUUAGCGAACGACACAUGUUCGACGAGAGCGGCGUUUACAAGCAGCUAUCGCCAUCGACCAAUAUAGAGGAUUACACGAAGUACAUCCGCACGUUGCCUCUGAACGACGACCCCUCGCUGUUCGGUUUGCACAGUAACGCCAACAUCAGCUACGCUAUGUCGGAGACCAACGCCAAUAUUAAUACGUUACGCAACCUGCAGCCGAAAGAAGUGAGCGGAGAAGGCGGCCUCACAGCUGAGGAGAUGACGGAACGCGCUGCCAAGGAAAUCCUGGAGGUCAUGCCUCCCAUACUCGACCAGAAGUAUAUAGCGACCACGUAUCCGGUAUCGUACAAGGAGUCGUUGAAUACCGUGCUCAUACAAGAAGCGAUACGUUACAAUAGACUGCUGCACGUCAUUAACAAUUCCCUCAGGGAUCUGCUGAAGGCACUAAAGGGUCUUGUAGUAAUGUCCGAAGCCUUGGAAAGUAUGGCGGCCAGUUUAGCACGCAAUGCCGUGCCCGUAAUGUGGAGUUCGAAAGCGUAUCCUUCUCUAAAACCACUUGCCGCAUGGGUGAAGGAUCUGUGCCUACGGGUCCAGUUCAUGCAGCAGUGGGCAGACGGUGGCAUACCAAAGGUGUUCUGGAUCUCCGGGUUCUACUUCCCACAGGCGUUCCUGACAGGGGCGCUGCAGAAUUAUGCCAGAAAACACGUGAUCGCUAUAGAUACAGUAUCCUAUGCGUUUGAGGCAUUGCCGGGUAUACCAGCUAAGAAGCCCGACGACGGCUGUUGCGUGCGCGGAUUGUUCCUGGAGGGCGCUCGGUGGAAUAUGGGCGACAUGGCGCUCGAAGAGAGUCGUCCUAAAGAACUGCACACAGAGAUGGCGAUAAUAUACAUGAAACCCGAACAAAACCACAAACUACAACAAGGUUUGUACGAGUGUCCCGUGUACAAGACUCUGCUGAGAGCGGGUACGCUAUCUACCACGGGACACUCGACCAAUUACGUAAUGACCAUAGAGCUGACCACGCACAAGCCGCAGUCGCACUGGAUCAAACGUGGCGUCGCGCUGUUUUGUGCAUUAGACUAUUAAAAUUUAUCUAUCUAUGGAUAGUGAAU